CUUCACGGUUCUGUUCAACGCUUUCCGCAUUUUCACGCGUGUGCUCGUAACUUUGUCUCAUGGACUGGAGGAGACGGAGCCCUGCUGCCAAUGCGCUUGUGAUGUAUGCAUGUGGGCUCAUUUGCGUUGGAGGUUCGGUGAGAGUCUACGUCCGCCCAUCCAUACUGACUGACUGACUGACUUGCAGCAGGAGUGGAGGAUACUCAAGAGGAGACUCGGCUCUCAUUCUCGCGUGCGUGCCCUGCCUUGCGGUAUUGUGUUCGGGCUCCUCGCUGUGUACGGUGGUGUGCUGUAAUUUAACGUUGUAUGAUGUGCGGUCAGCCAAGUCUGUGAAAUCGACAGCAGGACGAGAGUUUCUGUUCGGCCGAUUUUGAGUUUUUUCGGUUUGAAGUGCUCUGGUGUAGGUUGUCUCACUCCUGAAGAUAAUGCUGUUGAGGAUUAUUUGGUCAAUCGUCGACUGACAUCGUCGUCCUGCCAUCCAUCCUGAUCGACGAGGCGACCCUGAGGAAAACGCCACGGUGCGAGUAUGGAGGAUUCGCCCAUGCCUGAGGGUAAGGAUACCUCAACGACGAGCACAGAAGAGAGAGAAGUGUCAGUUGAUAAUCGAGAAGAGAUUGUUCAGCCGAAUGCCGGGGUGAGAGUUGAUUUCGUAGAUAAAGUAACCAUCGAAAAAAUAGUAUUUGCGGAAGAUGGUCCGAGAGAAGACCUGUUGACAGAGACCGCAAGUUUGAGAAAAAGCUCUGCCUCCAAGAGCGAGAAUAAGGCUGUGAUUGGGGCUAAGGUGAUUUUGAAAAACACCAAUGAAAAGGGAGAGAAGUCUGAAAAGUCGAAGACCACAGCUAAGGGGUCGCUACUCAAUGGUCUUUCGCGUUCGAAAACGAAGCUGAAUUCUGGGCAAAGAAAUUCUCAAUUACCAGUGUUGAAGGCAAGAAAAAGUGGCAGCGUCUCGUCGCUAGUAGAGAAGCGAAGCAACCCGAUCAAGCUGACCAAAAGUUCUUCCAUUACUAGUAUUAACAAAGAAAUCAGAAACCCGAGACUCUCGAGCCCGCCGAAAGUUUCUAAAGUUCCACCCAAGGUGCCGGCGAAACCGAAAGUAAAGCGGCAAGCUUCUGCCGUCGGCUCAGGAGCCUCUUCAGGAUCUAUUUCUUCGGCCCCCACUUCACCAGUGACGAAAGUUUUGAGCUCAGGAACUCGGAUCGCGAUUACAGAUGCCGCGAAAUCAGCUGCCACCAGGAACUCAAAAGGUUCGAAACUUUCUAAUCCGAAAUCUACCUCAGGCGUAGACACGUCUCUGCCUCAGAGGCCCAAGUCGGUUGAUGGACUGGUCAAGGAGAUAUGUUCGACGAAUGAUACCGCGGAAGCUAACGCGGCUUAUUUAGCAGCACAGGCCCAUCUACGAAAAAGUCAGUCAAAAAUCGAAGAGCUCCAACAGGGUUUGCGAACGAAGAUAAACGCCGCGACCUCUGCAACCUACAAGCAACGACUUUCGAACUCCCAAUCUUUUGGGGUUCAAAGUCGUCUGGUAAAAAACUUGGAUCUUAAUGAAAACGUGAGCCGCGAGAAGUUUGACGAGGAAUUUUUAAAGAAGCAUAAUUUUGACAAGCAGCUUAAGAUCGAGGAAAAACGGGUAUUGGAAACGGAUUUGGAUUACGUUUCUGACACUGAAAAAGCUGAACUUUGCUCGAAAUCUGAAACAACUCAAGGCAAAUACGAAACUGAAAAAAGACGAUACAGUAAAACUGUCUCAGAAAUUGAGAAAAGAUGGUCAGGUGAAUUUCUCGAGGAUCAUCUCGAUCUCAACUCGUCGGAAUCGUCCAAAUCUUCGUACAUCGAAGAACUCGGCAGCAUAUCUUCCCACGAAGACUUGGUAGACGACAACAAUGCAAAGUUUAUCGAAGAGAUAAGAAAACGAUCGGAGGAACUUCCUGGGGUGGCUAAAAAAUCUUCAGUCAAAUCAAACUCCGAGGAGGUUAUCGAAGACACUAACAGUACGGUUGGCUCGAACUCUUGUGUCGAGGACAGGAUCAAGGACAUCGACGGUGAUGUCGAUGCGGUGAUUGCAAAGAACGAAGAGUCCAAUGAAUCGAAAGAUAGCACGCUGAAGAAUUCUUCUUCGUCAACAGUUACGAGCAACCAUUCCAGCACUCCGAAGCAUACUACCUCAGACAAACUGGUGCCAUUAAACAUCAAGGAUACGACCAUCGGCAAAAUCUUAGAACGUUUGAAAAACGUGAAAAACGAAAACGUCUCUGAGGCCGUUGAAGAACUUGACGACAACGAGAAUAACAAUGUCAAUUCGCAGCUACAUCCUGAAGUAGAUCAAUCUAUCAAUAAAAAGGUUGCGCACAAAGAAGUUACCGAAAUCGGCGUACAAGAUCGACUACCCAAUAAAGUCACAACUUUCGAUCGUCAAAUUUUCGAUAAAGACGGCUACGCGGACUUCAUCAAAACCUUCACAAUGGACGCUGGUACGUCGAAACCCCCGAAAGAUGAGAAAAAACGCAAAGGGCUGCGUCGGCUACUUCCAGGUCUCUUCUCGCCGAAGGACUCGCGCAAAGAGUACAAGAAGGAGCAAAAAGAGCGAAAGAAGCGGGAGGAGAAACAGUUUGGCCAGUACCAGCAAAACGGAAACUACACACGAUCCCCCGACACGAUGAACCUCAACGAAGACAUCAAGCGAAAUGUGAAGCUAAACACGAGUUUGAACAGUUCCAUAAUCGAGGAACGAUUAAAUGAAAUAAAGCAGGAAUUAUUCCCAGAACAGGGCCUAACGACGAGCACUCCGGACCAUUUUCUGCAAGCUGAUCGGAUCAAUAUGCCACGAAAUAGCAGGAACCAACGAUUCUACACUGCCAAUUCAUCAUUGAGCUCGAUCGCACCUGAGGAUAAGUGGAUCGAUCAAAAUAUCAUAAGUGGUUCCCCGGACAUGCGAAAACUCAAGCAAAGGCCAACAGCCGACCCGAAAUGCAGCCUGGAGAGAAAACAUAGUCUUCAGGAGCCGGCGAGUCAAGCAAAAUUCUUCAGGAACCAUGGGCCAUCCGGCAGAAUCUCAGCACCACCAAACGAGCGGUUUCUCAUCAGACCGAGAGCCGUGCAUCCGGUGGACAGACCACUUCCGGCAAUACCUCAAAAGGUCGAGUUUUCAGACUACGAAAAUCACCACGGACUUCAUAAUUAUCCCGAACGACAUCCUGACGCCGAAAGUUACUCGCGCGCGCAGUAUCCUCGCCAAGUGCAGAACCAUCAGCAGGACGUCGGUCGGCUCUACGACGAUACAAGCAACUUGGACAAGUCUGAGCAGAAAAGAAAUCAUAGCAUUGACUCAGGCUUCAAUCUAACCCCAGUAUCGGCGCAGGUCAAGAUCACUCGUCAGCCGGUCAUAAACCAAAAUCAGAAGGCUCCGCUUGUGAGACGCUCACCAAAGUACUCACCGAGCUCGAGUCAGAAGUCCGGUGACUACGCGGAUUCGAGUUACACGCCGAACUCCAGCCAGAAGAGUGAGUUCUCACCGAGUAGUUCAAAAAGUGGCGAGUACUACCUAAGCUCACCACAAACCAGCGUGCAGACGUCUCCGAACGACAGCUUGACCGAGAAGAGAGAACAGAUAUACGAAAACAAUCGCCAGUCCCCACAAAUUCCGUACCCGGUUGUCUCACCUGGCGUUAAAACUGCCAACCAGAUGGACCUGGUCUAUGACGUCACCUUGACGCCAGAGCGAGCAAGAAACCCGCUGGACAGAGCCAGGUCACCGGUGACGUACGAUGACCGUGCGCCAACGAUUUCCAGGAACUUGAAACCAGGGCCUCUCACCGUCCUUCCACUCCACGCCACUUCUAACACUCCAGAGCCAAUCUACGUGCGCAGAGGCUCACCGAACAUUCCACUAUCAGCUAAUCUUGAAAAGCUCAAUGCUUACGCUGAGAACACGCCGACCUCAAGAUCACCGAAUCUAAAUUCGCCCGCUAGAAGCUUGGACUCAUCUCCCAGGAGCCGGACGAUGUCUCCAGUGCGAAAUCACUCGCCGGCUUCACCCCAGUCAACCGCUACGCGAUCCCACUGCGGAUCUGAACAAGCCGCGGCUUCUCCGACGCAGAGGAUGGCGUCACCUCUUAACGUCCUGCCAUUGAACAAUUCCGGUUCCCGAUCAGCCCCGAAUUCUCCCGCCGUCCAAGCCAGGCCACCGCUUUCUCCGCUUGCCAGGCCCAUGUCCCCGAGCACCGGAACUGCUGGCAAAGAGUCUGACCACCUCAGGACACCGACGACCUCGCCUCGCAUGAACGAGACUAGGCAACGAGGCCCCGUAAGCGGGCCCUACGUCCCAAUGGCCUCGCGACGCUCCCAACCGAGUGAGCAGAUUCUUAUAGCCUCCCCGAAGAGAGACGCAUUCUACGAACCGCAAAUCCGGCGUCCGACCAAUGCUAAGAUUACUGAUUACCCGGCGUCCCCUGUGCCCAUGACCGACUCUCCAACCAUCAUAGUACAAGCCACUGUCGCAUCUGGAGUUUCGGAUUUGGCAGUCUACGAUGCAACCGAUAGUAGAACAACUUCUCCCGUGGUGAUUCCUAGCGGAUCGCUGAGUGAUGAUCAGAUACAACUCCCGGCCCAUCCUGUCAGAAUUCAAAGACCGGAGCCGGUUUACGGGCAGAGAACAGUUUCGCCGUCUAGGACGCACAUCUACGGACAACGUGCUCUUUCGCCUGCAAAGAGACAGGAAGCUUACAGCGACGGAGAUGACCAGAAAAGCGGAGUUCCUUCGCCGAAGACUCCGGACAGUCAAUUCAUAUCUCCAAUUCAAAGUUCGAGGCAAGGUACUCCCGAGCAAAGGUCGGUGCCAAGAUCCCAACUACCUAUGUAUUCGACUGCAUCAGAGAGUUUGUCAGAGAGUCAACAGUCCAUAUAUUCCGCUAGGCAAACGUUGGGUUCAGAGCCUGUUUAUUCCCCUGGAACUAACAGGCAACCUUCGCCUUCGAAGAAACAGACCAUGCAGCAUUUGGAGGCUUUUUACUGGCAGCAGAAGGCCCUUGAGUCUCAAAGGAAGUCAAACUCGUCUCCGUCGACUGGCUCGCGACAAGCCGAGCCCAGGAUCGAUCAUCCCAAAAUGCGAGAGGCGAUCUACUGGCAGCAGCUUAAGAAGCUGGAUGAAGAACAGCAGCGGAAAAUAUAUGAGCAAAAUGUUCGUGACGAAAGAAACGACCCCCUUUACUGGCGUAGGAAACUUCAAAGUCCCCCGACCUCGCCUUCUACUGUCAUAGCUCCAUCCACGAGUACUCCUAACCCGAAUCAUCCAAACGAAUAUUCUCAAGGCUCCCCCGCUGAAAUAUCGGAGAAUAUUUACUGGCGGAGUAAAAUUCAGCAGCCGAAAGCGACAGUAAUUAACAAGCCGCCAAUAAUGGGACAAAAGGGUCAGAACCAGCCAGUUCUCGUUGUCAGGCCACAGCCUGUUCAUCAAGAAAAGGAUUUUGAUAACCGCGAAAUUUACACCGGACAUAGGGAUUUGAAGCGAAAUCCGCCGCCCAGGUCGAAGAGUGCCUCGCCCCUAUUCGCGAGGGGUGAUGAACGCCGUAGUCUCAGUCUACCCAGAAAGUCGGAGACUGAUGACGGCGGCUUUUUGAGAGGGGGCAGGGAGAGAAGUAGCGUUGCGGCUUUGCGCAAGCCCGAGACACCGCCGAUAUACGAAGAAGAUAACGAAGGUGACAAGAAACCGCCGCCGAUUUUUAAAAGGGGGAGUUUAAUCAGCAAUUCCAGCAAUUCUGUCGACUAUGGAACCGGGCAGAAAAGAGUCAGCUUUUCGAAUCAAACCACCAACACUGAUAUCGGCACUGGUAUCUGGCCCACGAAACAUGGUAUGGCACCCGAACCUCCGACGAGACAACACCGGCUCGAUAGAGCCUCGACAACAUCGGAAAGUGACUCGGUGUUUCUUCACGAUGUGGAGAAUCAGAACAACUCGAACGCGAACGUAUACGGAAACGUCUUGGCCCGCUCGAUAUCUCAGACCGGCGAAUCGUUUUAUCCCAAUUCCAAAACGCGUGCCUCCUUUGACACAAACGCGGCAGAAUACGAUGCCGACAGACCUUUACCGCCCCCACCACGACAACCACUAAGAUUUCUACGGCGGAGCAACAGCGUCAGAGAUCAACCCAGAGUAAGCCCAGCCAACUCCAAGGUCGACUAUCCUCCAGAUGCUCGUGGUAAAUACGGUAUUAAUCAACGCAGAUGGCCAGCUGUCAGCGAAAGCGAGAGCGGAAGUGAAGCCAGCGAAAUUCAACGGAUACUCAGACGCCGAAACGAAGAAGAGUGGAACCCCGAUGGCAAAGGACGGCAAUCGAACGACACGGGUGGUUCCGGAAGGGGCGAAGGUGAGGGAGGUGCCGGUGACCUUCCGGGUUCGGGAGGCGGCGGCAGGCGUCUCGGCGUCGCCGGGGUCGGCGGAGGCGUCGCCCGAGGGGGCGGCGGAGGCGGCGGCGGCCGUUCGCGAGACGAACCUCGUCGCCACACUCUCAGCGGCGACCAUCAGCCGUCCCUCCAUCACCAGCAGUUCAACUCUCAGCUUCACCCGCUUCAUCCUCAUCAUCUGCCUCCACCUCACGGCCAAUACGGGCCCUCGAAUCGACACGCGACCACCAUGGACCUCGAGAUGGGGACCAAGUCGCGCCAGAGAAAGUCGCCUCUGCCACGAGGAUAUCCUCCCCCGUCAACGGCCAUGCUCUUCGACGACGACCCGGGCAUCAUGUCCGAGGUGGAAACGUCCAGCACAGGAUUCCGUCGAGGUGGGAAACAGCGAAGCAGUCUCCCCGUCGUCAGAACACCAAGCAAGACCCUGGAGCGUCCACUAGGCGCAUCCCUAGGACUGGUCUUCCUGCAGUACAGGAACGAGACAAAGCGAGCCCUGCUUCCGAACGAGAUAACGAGCAUAGAUACAGUGAAAGCUCUCUUCGUCAGGAGCUUUCCCAAGCAGCUGACGAUGGAGUAUCUCGACAGUCCGCUGGUCAAGGUCUACAUCCACGAUAGCAACAAGGACAUGUUCUACGAGCUGGAAGACAUGCGGUCACACCUCAGAGACAUCAGAGACAGGAGCGUUCUUCGACUGUUCGAGAGCACCGACGGGGUCGCCGGGAUGCCGGGACCUCUGGGAGCUCCUGGAGGUGGGGGAGGACUCCCGCCCCACUGGGAGGAUCAGAGCUACUUCAGCGAGCCGGAGUUUGACAGCGAGUACCAGCAUCAGCACAUCCACAAAAGCAAGACUGCGAAAAAUUCUACUUCCGGUAACGGGGGCUACUACAUGGGGGGCAGCAGCACUCUGCCUCGUGGGGGACCCUUGCUGAGGGCCUACAGCCCUGCUGCUUCUUCAGCUGUCUCAGGCCCCAAUGCGAAUUCAACGCAGUCGAAGGCCCUAGGAACUCCAGGUGGAGGCGGAGUGCCACCUGCAAAGCCGCUUCGCAGCUACCAAUGUGGUAAGAGUCCCCUCGGCAGCCUUGGGGGCUCCGCACGCUUCUCUAGAGACAGCUCGGUCUCCCUCUAUAGUAUACCAGAUCGACUCCAUGGAGAAAGCGGAUACAUGAGUAGUCCGGAGAGGACCGGUGUAGUCGGUGCUGGAUCUGGAAGGUAUUCGGCGGGGCCGUACAGCACAGGUAGCAGCUAUGAAGACCCAUACUACUCCCAGUAUUCUGGAACCGUAACACCAGUUAUUGACGAAGAAGCUAGGUGGUGCAGCGAUACGGAGCUGUUGGAGGAUUCUUACAGCCUUUACGGUGUGAAGCCACCUGGUCGCCCUCCGACUGGCCCCCCACGAUCCCCAUUUCCCCCCGGGGCACCUGCUCUGACCCCCGGUGGACAGCCUUACGACGCUACCCGGAUAAGGGUGGAGCACAUGGAACGACAACUCGCUAAUUUGACCGGACUUGUGCAGAAAGCUUUGACUCAUGCUCCACACGCCAGCCCCUCGCCGAGGGACUAUUUGCAGGUCCCCGCGCCUCGCGAUCCCUACAGAACAGCAGGCGCAGGAGACGAGUUCGACAAACAUUCUAGCUCCAGCUCCGCCUCAUUGCCAGAUGACUCAUACUUAAGGACUGAUGUUAAGCCGCCAAAAUUAGGCAAAGACAAGUCGGUGUCAUUUGAAAAGUCAGUCUCCUUCAGUGACGAGCCACCAGAUAUGAACUCUCCUAAACAACAUUCCCCGCAACACGCAGCGGACACAAAGCCUACAAAACCAGCUAUAAAAUCAUCCACACUGCCAAGGAUGUCAUCACAAGAACGGGAAAGGCAUAAGCCGACGCCACCGCCAAAACCAGCUACUCUGGCAGCUGGUCAAUACGUUUAUAGAGACUUGACUCUCACUCCUGAAAUGUAUAAUCAACUUAGAGGUCUGCAGAAAAAAGCAAAGGAUCUACGCCAAGAAGUUCGAAACCUUAGACGCAUGUCCCAAGCUCAAGCGCACACAGUCAGAGAGACUAUCAGGGAUACAUUUAUCACCAUCAGGGCUGUGCUGCUGUCCGGCGGCGACGCUGCUUGGGCUGCCGGAGACACAGAAAAAGCAAGAUUGAACCGCGAAGAAGACCUCUACAAGCAAGAAAUGAUUAGGCUGGAAAAAGAUCUCACCGAGCUAGAGAGCACAGUAGAGGAGCUCCGGGGCAAUGUCAUAAACCGAAAAACUAGAGUAAACAUGUCCGAUGUAGAAAAUAUGGCGCUUAUACUGAACAAAUCCAGUAAAACAGUGGCAGAUCUAAAAGUCCGCUUCCCGAGUCUCCAGGAAGGCAUGAAGGGCCUCCUGAGUUCCGAAAUGGAAAAAGUUGUACGCGAAGAAAAGUUCCUAAAGGAAGAACCAGAACGACUAGAAUCUGCACUCAGGCGCUGUAAGAAGCUUACAGGAACCCUCGUCACGCUCAAACGUAACAAAACAUUCAGCGAUUGCAGAAUAAUUGACGGAUACUUGAGGGUGAAAUUUCAGAGUGAAAAUGAAUGUCUUGCAUUUCCCUCCAGCUUGGCGUCGGUGCAGGAGCAGCGAUUACCGAACGCAGCGAGCGCGGAGGCUGAAGAAACCCCGCCAAUAACACCAACAUCGGGGCAACAUUCUAAGACAACUACCCCUACGCCAGCGGAACGCACUGUCAUGGGGGCAGCGGGCGUCGUCGGGGGAGGGUCCAACGCUCUCGACUCAUCCGCCUCCUAUCAGCAGCGUCCGGAGAACGCACUCGACGCUCUGCUAGAUGAACUCCAAACAUUUUCGAGGCCGGCGUCGCAGCUUAGCCAAACGUCCAGCAUCGGCUUUACCCCAAAUUUAACCGAUAUCGGACGAUCGGCGAGCCAGAUAUCGCAGAUGAGCCAUACCCCCAGCAUGUCGGACAUCGGUAGGAAAGGCAGCAUAGAUUCGUCGACGAAUUUAUCCAUCGCUACGACCCCUGGACACACGAGUACCCUCAGGAGGCUACACUCCUAUCCUUCCAGUUCCGACACGGAUACCUCUCCGCCCAUAGCCAGGCUACAAGUAUCCGACAGCUCGAUGCCACCAUCUCAGAAGCCUCCAGUGCCGGAAAGAAACGCCGAACUACUUCAGCUGGCUACUGCGAGACGAGUUCCUCCACCGCCGCCUCCGAGAACUAGUUCAAGAUCCCCUCUUGCAAGUCCGACGAGUCCUCAAUUGCCACCGAGAAAUCCUACGGGUACGUUGCGCAGAGGACGGAGCAACUUGAAGGAGAGCGGAAAACCACCUAUGGCACUGCCGUCGAAUGCGAAUGAAGGUGAACAGCCUCCGUCAAUGGCUCCCAAUAACAUAUUAUCGGCGAGCAAUUCUAGCUCUUGCGAAAGUAUUAAUUCCCAGGAGGGCUUGCAGAACAAAAAGGGGAGGCAGGAACAAUUGGAACAACGCCACCAAGAGCUCCUUAGAAAACAAAAAGCGCUUCAAGAACAAUACGCCAGGCUGCAACAACUGCAGAGAAAUGCAUCGGGAUUGACGACAGUCCCACCGGCGCCUCCUGAUCUUCUCAAGAAAACCGGCUCCGAAAGUAAUCUGUUAGCUAAGAUGGGUCUUGGGUUGAGCACCGCUAGUUCUGGCUCGCUCACCAGUCUGGCGACCCGACCAGAAUUGAGCACCGCUCCGGCACCGAAUGCAUCUGCUAAUCAGACAACAACAAACAAGAUUUACGAGACAGACAUUCUGUGACCGAGAAAUAUGAUAUUUCCGUUCGAAAAGAAUCUUGAAUGUAUACUCUCGGGAGGAGCAGCUGCAAGUUAACAUCGCUAUACUAAAUAAUUCUCUCGCGUGAUAAUGUUGUGUUUCUCUUUUAAGAAAAAUAUGGUAGUCCUGCAGUUAACGACGAGGCAACGUUGUUGUCCUUAUUUAUUUAUUUAUAUAAAUUUAUAUAUAUUUAUGUACACGCGUAUGUAACAUAUGUAUACGUGUCCUAGAUAUCGGUUGAAACUGUUUCCCAACGCUUGGUUCAAAGUGUCUUGAGCUGUGAAAAAUGUCUUAUCUCGGAUCUUCUUUGACACGGCGAUGUAAAAUAGUGGAGAUUGAUAACUGGAACGCACUGUAUCCGUUAUCUUCAGGUAACCAUACCGCGGAAAACAAUGACUGAAUAUAUUACCGUGCCAAGGUUUUAAUUCAGAACACUGUGGUCGUGAAGGUAAAUUUUCAAAUCUAUGGAACAAUGAUUAGUUGAUUUUUUACUUAUAUGUAUAUAUCUCAUGUGCUUAUUACUAGGCAUCGCGCUGUUGAGAAAUAUGGCUGUACGCUGUUCAAACUGACAAUGAGGCGUAAAACUUGUGUGUGAGAAUCGGAGUGGAAAUGCAUGAGGCAAUAUUAUAUUGACAGUUGGGUGAAUGCCAAAUAGUCGACUUGCGAUUUUUAUUACGAGUAUAACAUUAAAAUUGUGCACGAGUAUUUUAAAUUUAUAAAACGAGAUAAGCGUUUACAUUACGAUGGCGAUCGAGCUGAUAUUGCGAAGUAUUAUUAAAAUUGAAAGAGACGACUGGAUACUGAGAUUCAAGAUUUGGAAUUGAUGCAAUGAUAUAUAAAUAUAAUAAAUACAUAAAUAUAUAUAUUAUACAUAUAUAAUGAGCCAACACGUUGAAAUACGCGAUCAAUAAUUCCGAUAUCAAAUUGAUAUUGAUGUUAAUUAUACAAAACACUCCUCACGUAAAUAAUAAAAGCACAUACACAUUAUACACAAGAAUUCUAUAAUUACCCUAGAAAUUAGCAGAUCAUGCUUAAUAAUGAAAUUGAAACAAGUUAGAAAUAUUUAAUAUACACAGUAAUCGUAACUCUAAAUAACGAAUUUAAAAGAAGUCAAAAAAAUAACAAAAAAGAAAAAAAAAACGUAAGGUGUUUAGUGUAAACCAUCGCAAAGAGAUAUUGCUCGGUUUUGGCUGUUAUAUUAUUAGAUACAUAUGAUACAAUAUAUGUCAUGAACAGAAAAGAACGUGUUUCAUAUUAACGAGUUGAUUCUUUUAAAACAUUAUCCCAUAUGAGUUCAUGAUACCGUGUCUUAAUAUCAACGAGGAUACUUACAAGAAUAUUUCUCCAAGUGCUAAAGCGAAUGGACUUGCUCGUAACAUUGACGCAUCAAAGAAAGAUUACAUUUUGUUCAGCUUUCAAAUAAAUAAAAAUUACAAUAACCGCGUAUAAUUUUCGUACAUUUCUUAAUUGUGAUUUGAGUUUAAGGUACGAACGUUUAGAAGAUGCUACAUUACUUAAUGACUUCAUUGUAUUUGUUGACGUAUAAAAUAAUAACUGCGCAACCUGAGCUGCGAGGUAAUGAUGAAACAUUUAAAAGAAAAGAUAAAAACUCUGUCUACAUCCGCAACAUUUAAUUUCAACAACAAUCUCACUUCGGUAGGAAUAGAAAAAAAAAAAAAAAAUAAAGAAAUGAGAGAAAAAAAAAUAUACAGAUUUUAUUAAAA